AUGCGACGAGGUCGCUCGCCGAGUUCGGGGUCACCUUAUCGGGCGCUAGCCCAUCACCAACAGGCCAAUUCGCCUUCGACAUCCACCAACCCAAGCUCUGUAAUCCGAUCUUUCGAUGUCGACAGUAACCCGGCUCGCCCGGUGCGGCCUUCGCCUUUGACGGCCUCCACCAUACGCGAUAUGCCCUUGGACCUUGUUGAACGAAUACGUUCGUUUCCCUUGUUCGUUUCUGCGCCUGGGGAGUUCCUUGUUGCUAUUGGUAAUCACCUCAAACCUCAGAUUAAUGGGCCCAACGACCAUAUAAUUACAGAAGGUGAUGACGCAAAGGCCAUGUACUGGUUGGUGCGCGGCGUGGUAGCUGUCACGUCCCGUGAUGGAGAGGCUGUCUAUGCUGAACUGAAGCCUGGCGCCUUCUUCGGUGAGAUCGGCGUUCUCAUGGACAUGCCACGCACCGCAACCAUCGUGGCACGCACAAAAUGUCUCUUGCUCGUCUUGAAGAAGGAAGACCUGCAACUCAUCAUGCCUAAGUUUCCAGAUAUGGAGAAGGCGAUUCGAGAAGAGGGCCAGGAGCGGCUCAACUUACUGAAGAAACAGCGACAGGAGCGCGGAGCCAGCCUGAAGACGCCCAAGGCCGACUUUGCUCCGCGUACGACUGUCCCUGGUGAAGUUUCAACUGGUGAGAGUGGGGCCAUCAAAGACGGUACAGUGAUCAACUCCAAGAAGCGCAAGUCACCGAGCCCUGGCAUCAUCGAGGAUCCUGCAGCUGGCAGCGCGAUUGCCAGUGGCUAUGUGAAUAUUCGAAAGACUCUGAAGGAGUUGCCUCUCUUUUCUACGUUACCACCCGAUAUCCUUCACUUCCUGGGUCUCAGUGUACAACCGAAGACGUACCAUCCGUUUACCGACAUAAUCUGCGAAGGCACCCCCGGCAAUGAAAUCUACUUCAUAGUGCAGGGAGAGGCCGAAGUAUUCCACGAGCAACGAAAAGAACAGGAUGCCUCCGAAGAGGCCACGAUAUCAAUACAGCACAGGCCACGAUUGAAAGCUGGGCAGUACUUUGGGGAAGUAGCAAGCCUAGGGCUGUCUCCUGGGCGGACGGCAACUGUACGGUCUAUUACAACGGUGGAAUGCCUCAUGGUCCCCGGUGAGGUAUUGGAGGAGUUGUGGCGGCGCUGCCCGCCUGGCAUCAAGUAUCAAGUUGAAAAGACGGCCAAGCUGCGACUAAAAACGCAGGACGAGGAUGUCGACAUGACGGGCCACGAUGGUAAAAUAAAGGCUCUCACUACGUCGAGUCCUUCAACACCAAGCACUCCCACUAGAGGCAUCUUGCCCAACCUUACCUUUUCCACGCCGUCGAGUCAAGGGUCACCAAGCAAAGAUGACUCUGAGAUUAUAGAGCUUAAAGACCCAGAUCCGUUCCUAAGUGUCAACAUGGAGAACUUGCGGAACCGGAGGCGCCAUUCGCUUGCACCGCCGACCCCUCAAGCAGAAAGCCUAGCAGCAGGUCGACAAAAUGGCUAUAGGCCGUCUAUCAUCGAUCUUACUCCAAUCAAAUUUAGCUCUAGCGAGACAUCUUCUGAGUCUGGGGUGCCGGCGAAACGAGCGAGAACAGCCACGAGUCGAUCUCUCUCCCCACCAGCCAUACCUCCUCUUUCAGACGAGAUUCUGGUGCGGAUAUUCAAGCACUUGGAUAUUCGCGAGCUGAUUCGCCUCCGAAUUGUGAGCAGCCAUUGGAGACAACUUCUGGCCACGUCCCCCGAAGUGUGUAAUGAUGUGGACCUAUCACAUUACAAUCGCCAUGUCACUGACCAUUCCAUCAUCCAUAUUUUGGCUCCUUUUAUUGGAAAUAGAGCCCUUUCUAUGGAUCUGAAUAAUUGUUUUCAUGUCACGGAUGAGGGAUUUACAAUCCUAUGGCGACAAUGCGGCAAGAAUAUCAAGAGGUGGCGAAUGAGAUCAGUGUGGGAUGUUUCAGCCCAUCAAAUUCUGGAAAUGAGUGAAAAUGCCAAACUGCUGGAAGAGGUGGAUUGGAGUAACUGUCGAAAGGUCGGAGACAACCUACUAGGCCGUGUGGUCGGAUGGGUAGUCCCAGAGUCUCCUACGGUGAAGAAGAACGUUGUCGUUUCAACCCCAACACAAAAAAGGCAACAACAAGAAGCGAAAGCAAAGCCACCAACUGCCAAUAACCCCCCUCCAGGAACCGUCAUCGGAUGCCCCAAGCUCAACAGACUGGAUCUUUCGUAUUGCAAACAUAUCACAGACCGGUCAAUGGCGCAUUUGGCUGCGCAUGCCUCUGAUCGCUUACGCUCAUUGACUCUUACUCGUUGCACAUCCAUCACAGACGUUGGUUUCCAGUCUUGGGCACAGUACAGAUUCGAAAAGCUUACCAGUUUGUGCCUGGCCGAUUGCACAUACUUAUCGGAUAAUGCAAUUGUGGCUCUUGUCAACGCGGCGAAGAAUUUGACGCACUUGGAUUUGUCGUUCUGCUGUGCGUUGUCAGACACUUCGACUGAGGUUGUUGCUCUGGGGCUUCCAUUGCUUCGUGAAUUGAGGAUGGCGUUCUGCGGUAGUGCUGUGAGUGAUGCGAGCUUGGAAAGUAUCGCUUUACAUCUCAAUGAGCUGGAGGGUUUAAGUGUUCGCGGGUGUGUGCGGGUCACUGGCAAGGGCUUGGAGAACAUUUUACGAGGCUGCACGCGUCUCAAGUGGACUGACGUGAGCCAGUGCCGCAAUCUUGAGCAUUGGCUCCGAGCCGGGAGUAUCGCCAAAUGGGGUUUCGACGAUAGAACCACAAAACCGGUGGUACCCACGGGACUCUGGGCUGCAGCAGCUCACGAAGGCAUCGGAGAAAUACCACCUCCAAAGACGAUGAGCGUAGCCAUGCUGACCACUCCGAGCUUCCUGCCUCGAUCUGGGUUGGGCUUUUUGGGCCGACGAGCAAGGCAGCCAGUGCGAUUUAUCAUUGAAAAAGGCGUUCAGGGACUUAGGUAG